UGAGUUCUAUGGCUAACGGACAGUUAUAUCAGAUGAUCAGCAGGAUAUGUGAGGCCCUGAGCUCAGGUGAGUGCAGGAGGCUCCUGUACCUGUGUGGAUCCCUGGACACUGACAGCUGUGGCUCUGAUCAUGUGAGAGAGGUGUUAACUUCCUGGCUGAGCAGAGGACAGGUGGAUCAGCUGUACCUGGUGGAACUUCUGUUCAGACUGAGACGCUUUGAUCUCCUGAAGAAAGUGUUUCACAUUAGUAAACAGGAAGUGGAGGGGAUUCUGGGACAGAACCGAGCUUUGUCAGAGUACAGAGUGUUGAUGUCUGAUGUGAGUGAAGACAUGGGGACAGAAGACCUGGAAUCGCUCAAGUUUCUGCUGAGUGGUUCUUUAUCCAGAGAGAGGCUGACCAGAGUCAAGAGUUUCCUGGAUGUCAUAGUUGAACUGGAGAAGCUGGACAGAGUGUCUUCUGAAAGGGUGGAGCUGAUAGAACAAUGUCUGACGGACAUCAGCAGGGUUGACCUGGCCAAGAAGGUCAAAGGGUACCGGAACCUGACAUCAGUUGUAACACCACAACAUAGACCAGUGGUGAUGACUCAGCUGGCCCAGCAGCAGUGGAUCAGGACUCCAUCCAACCCCAUGCCCACUGCCUCCCCUGUAUCAUGCCAUUCAAGACAAGAACAGUCCACACAGAACACUCCAGAGAACGAAAACAUUGCAGAGCCUGAAGGAAAAAGACUAUUCUACCAGUUGACUGAAAUGAGCUCCCCCCCUACUGCCAACUACCCACUUCAGUCUUCUAAGAUCCGUCAGACGCUAUAG